AUAAUCGAUCAGCGUUUGUUGGAGCGCAAUACCGCUGUGGCUGACGAUGAACGUAUUACGAAACGAUUUGCUGCGGAGCGAUUGAAGUUUUUCGAAAGCAACAAACGGGAACUUGCGGAUAAUGGAGGCAACCAGCUAACGCACAAAGGAAAAGCAUUGACCGAAAUCGAGAAAUAUGAUCAUGGGAUGCUUAGCGAGGAAGAUGAUGACGAUGAAGGUGAAAUGGGCGAUAUUGGUGCUGAUGUUGUGGCGGCUACUCAUUUUGGUGGUGGUGGAGCUGUAGAAACUGCUACAAUCAAAAGGUUGGGCAGUUGA